UCGAGAGACCCCAUUGCUCCGGCUCGGGGGCCUGUUGACUUGUGUGGUCCAGACGCCGCGAAGCGCAGCGAUUCUCCUCGCCGACCCGCCUGACGCUUUACGACGCCGGCCGGCGCAACCCCCGGCGGGCGGGCUGCUCCCGAUGGGACCACCCGCGCGGCCGCGCCCGACGGCCAGUUUCACCCUCCUCUUCCUCCUCCUGCUGGUGCCUCUAUUCUCCUCGUCUAUCGCUUCAGCUGGACAACCAAAAGGAGUAUGUGUUUCACCUGGUGGACGGUUCCCUGCCUUCACAUCUGAAGGCAGACCUCCUGGAAGAGCAACGAAGGGGCGCAGAGAUCUAGCACUGUGUAGGAUAUUCCGUCAGAAUACAUGUUGUGACGUGACACAGACAUUUCCUGCCCUGGUCUCAAUCAGAAACCUUGCAUUAGCUGGUGAAGGCAGUCAAGAAUGCCUUCAUUUGUGGGAAUUGCUUGAGUGCUCAAUAUGUGAUCCACGAGUGGGUGUCAGGCCUGGACCUCCUGUUUUAUGUGCAUCAUUCUGCGACAUGGUCUUCAAAGCUUGUUCAGAGUCAUACUUCUCUAUCGAUGUGAAAACACAGGCCUUGUCUCCUUGUGGUUUAGGUGACAUCCUCUGUGGCAAAUUGCAUAAAUGGGUCUCUAACGGCACAGAAUUAUGUAGUCUUGCUGGUUUCUCUGUGCAAGUUUCUGAGACCAGCUCUAGUGGAGUUGAUGACACUUUCUGCUACGGUGGGAAAGCAAGUUUGGAUUCUAUCUCUGAUUCAUGGACAUCUUCGAAAGACCGUCCAACAUUAAGUGGCAUGGCCAAUUGGGAUCUUCAAGAUUUCCAGAGAUGGGCAAGAGAAAUGCCUGUCGGUGAAAGAGUUUCAUGGGCAAUUGGAGGAAUGGUUCUUACAGCAGGCCUUAUUUUCAUCAGCAAAAGGAAGAGCUACAGCCAUCGCCAGAAGCAAGCUGCUAUUGCUCGCACUAUGAGGUUGAGGAAGCUGGAUUCAAGAGCUAACUCACAGAAACUGAGGCAAAGCUAGGAAGGCAUAGGCAACUCUAGCAUUACUUGUCGGGAUUCUUGGAUUUGUGCUUCUACCUCUUUGUGGAUUAGUAUUCUAAUCAAUCAACUAUGAACAAUAGAUUGUAGGUCAUGUCCUUUCUGGUGCUUAGUUACACGGAGUCACCAGUUUGUCAUCCUUUUUUUUUGGGAACACAGUGAGUUCUUUUGGGAAAGCAGGAUUUCUGGGCUGGCUUGAGCUCA